AUGAGUGACAAGGACAAGUUGAUAUUGGCAGAAUCUGCCGAAGCUCUAAAAAAUGUGGACAAAACGGAGUCCAAUUCAAAAGUACCAUGGUAUUUUGCAAGUGGCUUCCUGCUGUUCUGGGGACUCCUCUUCUUUGCUGUGGUUCUACCUUUUUUCAAUAAGCUACCUACGCCCCUAACAAUGGAGGAUGCAAAGAAAAAUGUAUUCAUAUCUGAACGGGCCUACAACAACCUGUACACUCUAUCCAAUAUCGGCAACAAAUUGAUUGGCAGCAAGGAAAAUGAGGUGGAUGCAGUCAAUUUCAUUCUAAGUGAUCUUGCACAGAUCAAGGAAGCUCUCCUCGAAGACUUUUUCGAUAUGGAAAUUGAUGUGUCACAAGUCUCUGGGGCAUUCCCGUACAAAACUAUGCUAAACAUGUACCAAGGCGUUCAAAAUAUUGCUGUUAAGCUAUCGCCCAAAGCAAGCAGCAGUGAGACCUAUCUCCUCGUCAACAGUCACUUCGACUCGAAGCCAUACACUGCAUCUGCGGGUGAUGCGGGCUUUAUGAUUGUCACGAUGUUAGAAGUUCUGCGUGUGAUUGCAACCACUCCACAGGCUCUAGAGCAUCCGAUUGUCUUCUUGUUUAACGGAGCUGAAGAAUCCGCGAUGCAAGCAUCUCAUGGUUUUAUAAUGCAGCACAAAUGGGCGGCAAAAUGCAGAGCCGUCGUUAAUCUUGAUGCUGCUGGUAGUGGAGGUCGGGAAGUCCUAUUCCAAACUGGCCCCAGCCAUCCAUGGCUAGUCAAUUACUAUAAAAACUAUGUCAAACAUCCAUUUGCAACGACCAUGGCUGAGGAAAUCUUCCAAUCAGGAAUCAUUCCAUCCGAUACAGAUUUCCGACAGUUUAAUAUAUAUGGAAAUAUCCCCGGGUUGGACAUGGCUCAAAUUUCUAAUGGGUUUGUCUACCACACCAAAUACGACCUUAUCGACGUGAUUCCUCGUGGAGCCUUCCAGAACACCGGCGACAAUGUCCUUAGCCUGGUCCGUGGACUGGCUAAUGCUACUGAAUUGCACGAUACGGAUGCAUAUAAGACUGGCCAUGCAGUCUUCUUCGAUUUCUUGGGUCUCUACUUCGUCCAUUAUCCGGAAGCUACGGGAAAAUCCAUAAAUAUUGCUGUUGCCGCAGCUGUCCUAGUUUUCGUUUUCAUUUCGAUGUGGCGCAUGUCUGCUGUGUCCAAUGUCUCCAUAUGCCAUGUGGUGCGCUGGUUUAUAUUGGUGCUUAUCAUCCAGAUAAUUUCCUUUGUACUUGGACUGGUACUUCCUGCUGUAGUUGCCUAUGGAAUGGAUACCUUGGGACUAUCGCUGACCUAUUACAGCACUCCGUUGUUGGUGAUCGGUCUUUACGUGUGCCCCUCACUAAUCGGCCUCAGCUUGCCAAUCACCUUGUACUAUUCUUUGCAGCGCAACGAUAAGAUAUCAAAUGCUUACCAUCUCCAAUUGGCAUUGCACUGUCAAGCCCUGAUCCUUGCCCUUUUAGCCGUUGGUCUUACACUCUAUGGCUUGCGAUCCGCCUACAUCUUCGUAAUUCCACUGGCUUUCUAUAUGCUGUCCUUAGGCAUUAACUUAUUGACUACUCUGCAUGAUCGCGGCUAUGCCUGGGCGGGUGUUCUUAAAGUCAGCCAGGUGAUUCCUUUCCUAUAUAGCAGCUACCUGAUUUAUACAUUCGUGGUAGUACUGACACCAAUGGGUGCACGUGCAGGCAGUGCCUCGAAUCGGGACUUGUACAUUGCCGUCUUAGCAGCCGUAGGAACAGUUCUCUCCUUUGGGUUCUUGGUCCCACUUAUCAAUGCUUUCCGCAAGCCCUGUUUCGUGGUACUCUCUCUGUGCGUAGUCACUGCCAUUGCUUUGUAUUUGGCCAGUAGCACACAAAUCGGAUUCCCGUAUCGACCAAAGACCAAUGGCCAGCGAGUUGCAUAUUUGCAAGUGCGCAACAAGUUCUACGAGUACGAUGGUACACUCAGUAAGGAUCAGUCUGGAUACUUGUUCAAUUUCCAGGACAGGCGAGAAGAAAAACCACUUUUGGGCACGAAGGUCAAUCUGACUGGAUUGGAGAGUAUCUUGACGAGUUGCGAGACCUACAUGAUGUGUGGCAUGCCUUUGUAUGAUUACCGCUUUGUUCAGAAUAGACUUCAGAGCAAAUGGCUGCAACGAACUGAAGAUGUUGAAAUACCAGAGGAAACCACGUUGACGAAAAUAUCUAAAACAACGAUUAACGAAACAACUGUUCGCCUUGAAUUCAACCUAACGGGACCUACUCACAUGAGCUUAUUCAUUAAAGCCUAUGAAGACGUGACGAUAAGUGCCUGGUCGUUCCUACCAAGCUAUCUGGCGCAGCCACCUGCAGCUCCGCUACCCUAUCAUAUAUACUUCACUAACGGUAUUGAUAGAUCUCCAUUGAGUUUCUAUGUGGAACUUACGAAAACCGACGGCGAUUUUGAUGUACCAGUGCUGCAACUUGGAGUCUCCGGACAUUACAUACAAAGUCCCGGAGACGCUCAAGCAGUAAAGUUUGCUUCUUCAUUCCCCUCCUUUGCUAUAUUGGCACAGUGGCCGGCACUAUAUAAACGUUACAUAUUUUAA